UGUGGAGACUGGAGAGAGGGAUGCUGGGAGUUAUAUAGCAUCAGAGUGGCUGUGGAGACUGGAGAGAGGGAUGCUGGGAGUUAUAUAGCAUCAGAGUGGCUGUGGAGACUGGAGAGAGGGAUGCUGGGAGUUAUAUAGCAUCAGAGUGGAGAGGUGGAGAGGGAAGCUGUGAGUUAUAUAGUUGUAUAGAGCAGCAGGAUUGUCACCAGGGGCCAUUACUGAGGAAAGAAAUGCUGAAAGGCAAAUACGAGGAUCUAUGUGUGCUCAGUCCAUGGAAGAGGAGAUUUGCAGAGAGUAAAGAGGCUACAGGAUGACACAUAACAUCCCACACAGGCCGCACCUAAUUUCUGAACUUCUGAGUUUCACUUCUCGCUAACAGACUCUGGCAGAUUUGUGUCCAGAAUGCCACGUAAAGGUCAGGAUUGGCCUGAAGUCAAAACCACAUGAUUUACGCCCUCCCAGAGAUCCGCGCGCUUCCUCUGAAUCUGACAGGACACUAGUGCGCACGCGUAAAUCUCGCAGGUGUUGAACUUUUAAUACCCCGCCCCAGUGCCCUGUAGGUGAGAGAAUCCAGACUAACUGCGAACUGACGGCUCUCCAGCACCUCGUCUCCUCCUUCCUCAUGUUCCCCGGGAUCCAUCCACUGUGUGUUCCCUGUCUCCUCAUAACCCCGCCCUUUACUCUGGUAUCACCGGUCUCCUAACCCAGAAUGGAGUUCCCUUCUUUCAAACUUGCCUCAAACGCCUCGUCCUCCUCCUACUGGAUCAGUGGUCCCCUUUUUAACCAGUCCAAUGAUAGCGAGUCGACCUGUUUCAGCGGGCCUAUGGGAAGCACGGUGCUGCAGGGGGUGACAUUCGGAGGGAUCCCUACAGUGUUGGUGCUGGACGUUGGCUGUUUUGUGUUUCUGCUGUUGACAUUUGCAAGUAUACGGAGAUAUUUCUGGGAUUAUGGCAGAGUUGCCCUGGUGUAUGAUGCUGACAGCUCUCCGCACAACCGGUACCGGAGACUCUCCUCAUCUUCCGGCAGCGAAGAACUUGAAAGGGACAAUGGUUUUUGCUACUGGGUGACUUCUACCUUUCAAAUGAAUGAUGAAGAUAUCUAUGACAGAUGUGGGGAAGAUGCCACUCACUACCUCUCUUUCCAGCGCCACAUAAUCUGCCUGCUUAUUAUCGCCAGUAUCCUCUCUGUGGCCGUCAUCCUCCCAGUGAACUUGUCUGGAAAUUUACUUGACAAGGACCCCAUGAGCUUUGGGAGGACCACAGUCGCAAACCUCCAGCAUCAUGAUCGCCUCCUGUGGUUGCACACAGUGGUUGCAGUUGUUUAUCUGAUCCUUACUGUGGUUUUCAUGCGCCAUCACAUUUCUGCUAUUAAAUACAAGGAGGAAAAUAUGGUGAAACAGACCCUUUUCAUCACUAACCUGCCCAAGAACGUAGAUAGAGAGACAAUACGCCUUCACUUUAGUGAGGCCUAUCCCAGCUGCCAAGUGAAGGAGGUUCACCUAUGCUAUGAUGUUGGAGACCUGAUCCGUCUUUCCAAAGAGAGGAAAAAGGCAGAAAAAAACUUGGCAUAUUUUACAAAUCUGCUUAACAAGACUGGGAAAAGAGUUUCAAUAAACCCAAAGCCCUGCGGUCAAUUCUGUUGCUGUGUUGUCCGUGGAUGUGAAAGGGAGGAUGCUAUUGAGUACUAUUCUAAAGUUAGAGAUAAAGUGAUGGACGAGCUUGCAAGAAAGCAGGAGGUGGUUUACAGCGUUCCUCUGGGAAUCGCAUUUGUUACAUUUGCAGACAAAUCAAUGUCAACUUUUAUUCUGAAAGAUUUCAAUGCUGUAAAAUGCAGUGGAAACCCGUGUGCACACGAAACCCAGCCGUCCUCCUACAGCAAAGAGCUGGGCACAUCCAAGUGGAGUGUGACCUAUGCCACCUAUCCAGAAAAUAUAUGCUGGGGAAACCUCUCGUUACAGGGUGCAAAGUGGUGGGCCCGAUGUUUGGGCAUCAACUUUUCCCUCUUCAUCGUUCUCUUCUUUCUAACAACACCUUCCAUUAUUAUCUCGACCAUGGACAAAUUCAACGUCACCAAACCUAUCCAGUCACUAAAUAACCCUGUGAUCAGCCAGUUCUUCCCCACUCUCAUGCUGUGGUCAUUCUCAGCGCUGUUACCUACUAUUGUAUAUUACUCCACAAUAGUUGAGGCUCAUUGGACUAAAUCUGCAGAGAACAGGAUUAUGAUGCAUAAAGUGUACAUCUUCCUCAUUUUCAUGGUUCUCAUCCUGCCGUCUCUAGGACUCACCAGUUUAGACUUCUUUUUCCGCUGGCUGUUUGACAGAGCAGUGGAUCUUCAAGGCCCCGUCAGGCUGGAAUGUGUAUUUCUUCCUGAUCAAGGGGCCUUCUUUGUGAAUUAUGUGAUCGCUUCUGCUUUUAUCGGCAAUGGCAUGGAGCUAUUGCGCCUCCCGGGUCUUAUCUUGUACACCAUACGCAUGAUCAUGGCCAAGUCUGCUGGGGAGAGGCGCAAUAUUAAACAGAACCAAGCCUUCGAGUAUGAAUUUGGAGCAAUGUACGCCUGGAUGCUGUGCGUGUUCACUGUCGUCAUGGCAUACAGUAUCACUUGCCCAAUCAUCGUACCCUUUGGGCUGAUCUACCUGCUGCUGAAACAUAUGGUGGAUAGGCACAACCUUUACUAUGCCUACCUGCCCACCAAGCUGGAUAAGAAAAUUCACUUUUCUGCUGUGCGUCAGGCCCUGACAGCCCCCAUUCUCUGCCUAAUGUGGCUUUUCUUUUACUCCCUUUUGCGAAUGGGAUUCACGGCUCCAUCAACACUAUUCACCCUAAUCAUCCUGCUUAUAACCAUUUUGAUCUGCCUGCUUUAUACCUGUUUUGGCUGCUUCAGGCACCUGAACCCAAUGAAUUAUAAGAUAGAAGAAAGGUCAGGAGGGCAGACAGAUACACCACAGGAGGGACAACCACGAAAAGCUGCUAUGUACGUCCCUUAUGUAUUGCUCUCUGCACCCUCGGAACAAACAAAGUUGGGCAGUCAAGAGCACCAGACCUACGGGACCCUGGAAGCAACAGACACAGCGUUUUACACCGAGGACCACACAGCAACGCUUGUAGAUUUCGAGGCCUCGUAAAAAAAGGGAGCAGUUGCAAGAAAUCAACACAAGGGGGAGUCCUUGUAACUUACAUUUAGUGUCCAACAUGGAAAAGGAAGGAAGAAAGAGGGGAGAGAUAUUCUAAAAAGGAUUCCGGAUGCUGUGCAGCUGUCCCCUGAACAGCUGGCCCAGCUAUAAAGCGCACAUGUUGGAGGGCACAAGGGGGGGGGCAUGGUUUUGUUAAGAUUUCCGGAAUGGUUGUGCACGUUCUUCUGAUUCUGAACGGACCCUUCCAUUCAAUGCAAUUUUUGUUUUGUUUUGUUGCCAUUGAUUUGGGCACACAGCUGUCCUGCUAAAAGGAGCUGCUUGUGUAUUCAGAGUCCGGUUACUAGAAGAUUCCCGCUAUAGCCAAAACUGUCCUGCAAGGAAUCGUGCAUUUCCAAAAAGGACUGUGUGUGUGUGUGCCCCCUGCUCUGAAUACACACAAAGCACAAAUCCUGCAUGUGCCAAAGAAAAGAAUCCAAAACCUUUCUGCAUUUCACUAUAAUAUUUAUGAACCUUUUAAAAGGAAAUGUUAUUUCUUCUGACUCUAUCUUAAAAAAAAAAAAAAAACAACACUGUCCUUGGGCCCCAACAACAACAUAUAAAUGUCUGCCUUUUACGUUGCCUUUUGGGGUGUUGACACAGGAGAACAGGAGGAAGAUGAUGGGUAACAUGCUCAGACCUACCCAUGCUUCUGAUUGGUCUAACUGUGCUUCUAAGUUGUCUGCCUAAUCAACUACUUUGCUGCUGAUUGGUCUGAAUGUGCUACUGAUUGAUGUGCUUUGAUUGGUUAACCUAUUUAGUUGAUUUGCUGCUGACUGAUUUGCAUGUGAUCCUCGCUGUUUUAGAUUGAACCAAAUAUGCUGCUGCCUUGAAGUAGCUGGUGCUGAUAUUUUGAUUUUGAUGACCAGGGGGUUAGUGACCCUGUAGGGCAGAUCGUGCCUUCGGGCAGAACUACAUGGGCGAUUCCCACGUUUUCGGCGGAUCCGAUACGCUGUGCCAAAAUGACAGAAAAUAAGGUAAGCAACAGCAAUGUCAUAUGGUGUCGCAGCGUUCAUUCGACAUGACAAGACUGUCAGAUGCAGACGCAGCAUCCGACAUUUCUAUUUCUUACCUUAUUUUCCAUCGCAUCCGAUUUGACGCCUGCGUUUUAGUGCAUCGGAUCCGCUGACAAUGCAUGGAAAUCGCCCAUGUAGUUCUACCCUUAGACCCCCCCAUUGCUGACCUGUCUAUUCAAUAUUAGAAUGCUCACUCAUUCAAGCCCUGCCCAUCUGGUAUUUGGCAAUACACACGGAGAGUUGGCAUUGCACCAUCCUGCACAUAUGCCCUGUCAUAUUUCCUGGCCACAGGGGGCUGGGCUGUUGCUUUCUGGAUAUGGCUUGUACCUCUAUCACCAGACGUCUAUUACUCAGGACCUUUGGCCUCCACUUUCCAAGCUGUACCAGCACCCCAACACAAGUAUGAGAUAGAGGAUGUCCCCCAUUCUAACACACCCUGUCUUUUAAUUGGCUAAUGCAUGCUUACACCUCACCAUCUAUACAGUUAACAGAUGCAUCCCCAUAUGCUCAUUAGAGUGCUCUGCAGCCAUUCAGAAUAUAGCAGUGUAUUUAAAUAGUAUGCAUGUAGUGUGGCUAAAAUCCACUCACACAUUCCCAGCUGCAGACUUCAUUAAAAAAUAGCACAAAAACAACAAAUAAAGUCUAUAAAACUAGAGCCUGUGACCUGCUGAUAUCCUUAUAUUUCACACUAAAUAAUCUAUUAUUUUAUGUUCUUGAAAAAGCGACUGUAUAUGACUGUAUAAUAAUGUAUGUACUGCAGUGCUGUUGCAUUGUAGUUAAUGGCAAUAUCAUCAUCAUCAUCAUUUAUUUAUAUAGCUCUGUCAAGAUACGCAGUGCUUUACUGCAGUUAUAGCAAACAGGGAAUAAAUGGUGGAUAACAGACAAGGUUUACAGAGUACAAUAGGGUUAGAAGGAACAAGAGAUUAGAGUUUACAAACUAAAGGUUAGGGUACAAUUGAGACAUUAGGAUUAUAUAAACACUUGGUCAUUUUUAAUACAGCAGUGAUUAAUUAAGGUACAUCGAAUAAGCCUCUUUAAACAGAUGGGUCUUUAAGGAGCGCUUGAAAGUUUGGAAAGAAGGAGAAAGUCUGACAGCUCGGGGCGAAGUGAGGCGAAGAUCAGAAGCAGCCCCUACUCAAAUCUAAAUAUGCAGAGAAAGCACACAAUAACAUGUUACCCCCAUAUGUAAUAAAAAGCACUACGUUUGCCCAGGAGCAGUAACCCAUAGCAACCAAUAAGGUGUUUGCUGCUAAACAGGUGACUAGUAAAAGCUACUUUCUGAUUGGUUGCUAUAGGUAACCGCUCCUGGGCAAACUUAGUGCCUUUUAUUACAUAACCCCCUAUACUGACCCUGCACAGGAGUCAAUUCCCAUCAAUGCUGCCCCUAAGGCAUGUUCUAAUUCAGUGGUCCCCCAGGGGGGCACAAGGGACACAGUGUAGUUGACUAAAGUGAGUAUUUAGAAUACUUUGUCCAGUGAGUAAUUUCCUCCUAGUGAUAGAUUUGGCCCGGGCUUAUCUCAUGUCUGGGAUUCUUGGCCGAGGGGCUGAGAGACAAACCCACAGAGAUGGAACAUUCCACAUUCAUUAUUUUAGCAGCAGGGACCCUAACGAGGAGUUAUCUUCCCCCCUGCCAAAGACAGUGAGCUUGACCUGAGGCUGAUUCUCAUUACUGAUACAGACAUAAAUCUGUAGGGUGACUGAGCUGUCUAUAUGGGGCUGGGAAACAAACUCCCCUGGGUGCUGCUCAUAAUGGGACUCCUCAGGGUAGUAGUGAUAGGUGGGAAGUGUUGGGUGAGAUAGUCAGUAGAAUAAACCUUUAUAUAGUGGCUCAUACAAAGUCUGAUUUCCCUUGGCCCUACCAGUCCUUAGGGUAGCCCUGCAUAUAGUUUGGGCUUUUCUGGCAUUUAACAAGAUCAUAUUUGUUUCCCAUUGCUUUAAGUUUUAGGGGGGUGUUCCCGUUUAGGUAACUUUGUAUAAGUUUUUAGAUGGCUAAUUCUAAACAGCUUUUCAACUGGU